AUGACGCGCCGAUUUCACUCGAAGCGCACACCAGGCAGCAUGGGGGUGUUCACCCUCAUGAGCGAGGCAAAGGCGGCCGCCUCGGCAGAGGCUGGCGACCCGGUGGUGGACCUGUCGGUUGGCACCCCAGACAUGCCCCCUCCAGCAGAGGCCCUCGAUGCUCUCAGGGCCGCCAUCGAGGACCCAUCCGCCUACAAGUACUGCCUGCGGCACGGCACCAUGCCGCUGCUGACAGAGGCUGUGGCAUGGUACACCCGGCACUACGGCCUCGUGGACCUUGACCCUGCCACUGAGGCGCUGUCGCUGGUUGGCAGCCAAGAGGGGCUGGCCCACCUCCUGAUGGCGGUGGCAGACCCGGGGGAUGGCGUCCUGAUGUGCGACGUCGGCUACGCGUGCUACCUCCCCGCCGCCCACGUGGCGGGCGUGGCGCCCCGCUUCCUGCCGCUCCGGCGGGAUGGCAGCUUCCUGCCCGACCUUGCCGCCGCCGAGUCGGCGGCGGCCGCGCGGUCCUGCAAGGCGCUGCUGCUCAACUACCCGAACAACCCGACGUCUGCGGUGGCGGAUUACGGGUUCUGGGCGGAGGCGCUCGCGUUUUGUGAGGAGCACGACCUCCUGCUCAUAAACGACAACCCCUAUGUAGCCCAGGUCUACUCUGGUGACGGCCUCGCAGCCUCCCCGCUGUCGCUGCCAGGCGCCAAGGCGCGCACCGUGGAGCUCUUCUCAUUCGCCAAGUCGUACCAAAUGGGCGGCUGCCGGCUGGGGUUUGCGCUGGGCAACGCGGACGCCAUCGCGGCGCUCGAGGCCGUGAAGGCCCCCAUCGACUUCAACCAGUUCCUGGGCAUUCAGCAAAUGGGUAUCGCCUGCCUGCGCCUGCCGCAGGAGCGGUUGCAGGUGUACACGCGCAUGUUUUGCUCUCGCGCAGCUGCGCUGACGGCGGCGCUGCGGGAGCACGCCGGAUGGGCGACGGAGAUGCCGAAAGCAUGCAUGUACGUGUGGACGCGGCUUCCCGACGGCUUCUCGGACGACACCGCGUUCUGCCUGGCGCUGGUGGCCGCCACCAAGGUUGCCGUCAGCCCCGGUAGCGGCUUCGGCCCCGGCGGCGCCGGGUUCGUCCGCUUCGCGCUGGUGCAGCCGGAAGACGUCCUGGUGGAAGCUGCCAGGAAGGUGGGCGCGUUCCUGGCCUCGCCGGCCGCGGACGAGCUGCGGGCCGCCGACGCAGCGGCGUCGGCGGCGGCGGCGUCGUCGUCGGCGGCGGCGGCGAGCGGGGCUGGCGCAGCGGGGGCGAAUGCGGCAGCGAACGGGAUAGGGCCGGGCCAGCAGUGCGAAGAGGUGCUGGCGGCACUCUGA